AUUCAAUGGGAUUAGAUAUAAAUUUAUUAAGAGAAGACAAAGGUGGUAACCCAAAUUUGGUGAAAGAAUGGUGCUAGAAGAGAUUUUAAGACCCAGCUAUAGUUGAUAAGGUUAUAGCUCUUGAUUAGGAAUGGAGAAAAGGUACUCAAAUUUUUAAAUCGCUUCUUAGCAAGAUUUAAUCUUGAUCAACUUAAUAAGGAGUAUGGUAUUGCCAACAAGAAGAUUGCUGAUAAGAAGAAGGCCAAUAAACAAGACCCAUGUGUUGAAGAAGUUGAAUAGGCCAAAACAAUAGAUCUUAAAAUCAAAGAAGCUUAAAAGGUAGGACUCCUCAUCUAAUAUGUAGAUUGAAUAAGAAUAAGAGAACAUAUUAACAUCAACACUCAACAAGAUUGGAAAUUUAGUCCAUGAAUCAGUUCCAGUAUCCAAAGAUGAAGCUGAAAAUAGAAUUGAAGUAACCUGGGGCUAAAUCCCUAACAUUCAAGUCAAUAGCACUCCAGGCAGAUGUCACCAUCAUGAAAUCUUAUUUAUGAUUGAUGGUGUUGAUCUUAAGAGGGGUUCUAAGAUAGCAGGCCACCGAGCCUACUUCCUUAAGGGACCAGGUCUCCUUUUGAAUCAAGCUUUGGUAAGCUAUGGAAUUCAAUUCCUCAAUCAAAGAGGUUACACUCCAGUUCAAACCCCCUUCUUCAUGAAAAAAACCUGUAUGGCUGAGACAGCUUAAUUGUCUGAUUUCGAUGACCAAUUGUACAAAGUAUGAACAAUUUUUGUAUAAUUUGAUAGGUUACUGGUAAUCCAGAAGACGAAGACCUCUAUCUUAUUGCAACAUCUGAAUAACCUAUUUCUGCUAUGUAUAGAAAAGAAUGGCUCGAACCUAAGGAUCUACCAAUUAAAUAUGGUGGUAGUUCUACUUGUUUCAGAAAGGAAGCCGGUGCACAUGGCAAAGAUGUUUGGGGAAUCUUCAGAGUCCAUCAAUUUGAAAAGAUUGAGCAAUUUGUCAUUUGCUCUCCUGAAGAAUCAUGGAAAUUCCAUGAGGAAAUGAUUACUGCUGGAUAAGACUUUGUGAAGUCUUUGGAAUUACCUUACAGAGUAGUCAAUAUCGUUUCUGGAGCAUUAAAUGAUGCUGCAGCCAAAAAAUACGAUUUGGAAGCUUGGUUCCCAGGAUAUAAAGAUUAUAGAGAAUUGUAAUCUUGUUCAAACUGUCUUGACUACCAAUCCAGAGCUCUUGAAAUCCGUUAUGGUGCUAAAAAGGCUGAUGAGAAGGAGAAGAAAUAUGUGCAUAUGCUUAAUGCAACACUGUGUGCAACAGAAAGAACCUUAUGUUGCAUUUUGGAGAAUUAUUAAACAGAAACUGGAGUGAAAGUCCCUGCUGUUUUAGUAAGUGAUUGAAAUAAUAUGUUUAGUAACCGUUUGUCGGCAAGGAUUUCAUUCCUUACGUUAAGCCAUUACCUAAGAAGGAAGAUCUAGGUGCAUGAAGAACAUUAUAUACAAAUAAUAUAAUUCUAUAAAAUUCAAUAUUC